CCGCCCGCGGGGUCCCCAUUGGCCGCCUGCCGGCCGCCCUCCGCCAGGAAGGCGGCGAGGAGCCGAGGGGCUGCUCCCGAGCGGGAGGGGGAGAGCCCGACCGAGCCGACGCCGGGGCGGACGCGUGGGACCCGCGUCCCCCAUUCGCCCCCUCCCCGCGCACCCGCCGCCGCUCCGCGCACCCGCCGCCGCCCGGCUCGUCUCCCGCGCUGGCGCCCACGGUCGGCCUCCGUCAGCGCCAGAGGGACCCGGGCAGCUCCCGGGCGCCCGGGACUGGAGACUGAUGCAUGAGGGGCCCAAGGAGGCGCAGGAGCGGUGGUGAUGGUGUGGGAAGCGGAGCUGAAGUGCGCUGGGCUUUGGUGAGGAGUGACAGUUUAUCAUGACUGUGUUCAGGCAGGAAAACGUGGAUGAUUACUACGACACCGGCGAGGAACUUGGCAGUGGGCAGUUUGCAGUCGUGAAGAAAUGCCGGGAGAAAAGCACCGGUCUACAGUAUGCCGCCAAGUUUAUCAAGAAAAGGAGGACGAAAUCCAGCCGCCGGGGCGUGAGCCGCGAGGACAUCGAGCGGGAGGUCAGCAUCCUGAAGGAGAUCCAGCACCCCAACGUCAUCACCCUACAUGAGGUUUACGAGAACAAGACGGAUGUCAUCCUGAUCUUAGAACUAGUUGCAGGCGGCGAGCUGUUUGACUUCUUGGCUGAAAAGGAAUCUCUGACUGAAGAGGAAGCAACCGAGUUUCUCAAACAAAUUCUUAAUGGUGUUUACUACCUGCACUCCCUUCAGAUUGCCCAUUUUGAUCUUAAGCCCGAAAACAUAAUGCUUUUGGAUAGAAAUGUCCCUAAACCUCGGAUCAAGAUCAUUGAUUUUGGGUUGGCCCAUAAAAUUGACUUUGGAAAUGAAUUCAAAAACAUAUUUGGGACACCAGAGUUUGUUGCUCCUGAGAUAGUCAACUAUGAACCUCUUGGUCUUGAGGCAGAUAUGUGGAGUAUUGGGGUAAUAACCUAUAUUCUCCUAAGUGGGGCCUCCCCAUUUCUUGGAGACUCUAAGCAAGAAACGUUAGCAAACGUAUCGGCCGUCAACUACGAAUUUGAGGAAGAAUACUUCAGUAAUACCAGUGCCCUAGCCAAAGAUUUCAUAAGAAGACUCCUUGUCAAGGAUCCAAAGAAGAGAAUGACAAUUCAAGAUAGUUUGCAGCAUCCCUGGAUCAAGCCUAAAGAUACCCAGCAAGCACUUAGUAGAAAGGCGUCGGCAGUCAACAUGGAGAAGUUCAAGAAGUUCGCAGCCCGGAAAAAGUGGAAACAAUCCGUUCGCUUGAUAUCACUGUGCCAAAGAUUAUCCAGGUCGUUCUUGUCCAGAAGUAACAUGAGUGUUGCCAGAAGCGAUGAUACUCUGGAUGAGGAGGACUCCUUUGUGAUGAAAGCCAUCAUCCAUGCCAUCAAUGACGACAACGUCCCGGGCCUGCAGCACCUCCUGGGCUCAUUGUCCAACUACGACGUUAACCAACCCAACAAGCAUGGGACGCCUCCGUUACUGAUUGCUGCUGGCUGUGGGAAUAUUCAAAUACUACAGUUGCUCAUUAAAAGAGGCUCAAGAAUCGAUGUCCAGGAUAAGGGCGGAUCCAAUGCCAUCUACUGGGCCUCUCGGCAUGGCCACGUCGAUACCCUGAAAUUUCUCAAUGAGAACAAGUGCCCUUUGGAUGUUAAAGACAAGUCUGGAGAGACAGCCCUUCAUGUGGCAGCUCGUUAUGGCCACGCCGAUGUGGUUCAGUUACUGUGCAGCUUUGGCUGUAAUCCCAAUUUCCAGGACAAGGAAGAAGAAACCCCCCUGCACUGUGCUGCCUGGCACGGCUAUUAUUCUGUGGCCAAAGCCCUUUGCGAAGCCGGCUGCAAUGUGAACAUUAAGAACCGAGAAGGAGAGACGCCCCUCCUGACAGCCUCUGCCCGGGGCUACCACGACAUCGUGGAGUGUCUGUCGGAACACGGAGCCGACCUUAAUGCCUCCGACAAGGAUGGACACAUCGCUCUUCAUCUUGCCGUGAGACGGUGUCAGAUGGAGGUCAUCCAGACUCUCAUCAGCCAGGGAUGUUCUGUCGACUUCCAAGACAGGCACGGCAACACCCCCCUCCACGUGGCCUGCAAAGAUGGCAACGUGCCUAUUGUGGUGGCCCUCUGUGAAGCCAGCUGCAACUUGGAUAUCUCCAACAAGUACGGCCGAACGCCUCUGCACCUUGCGGCCAACAACGGGAUUCUGGACGUGGUCCGCUACCUCUGUCUGGCGGGCGCCAACGUGGAGGCCCUGACCUCGGAUGGGAAGACAGCAGAAGAGCUUGCUAAAUCAGAACAGCACGAACAUGUAGCAGGUCUGCUUGCAAGACUCCGAAAGGAUGCUCACCGGGGACUCUUCAUCCAGCAACUGCGCCCCACGCAGAACCUCCAAUCCAGAAUCAAACUGAAGCUGUUUGGCCACUCGGGCUCUGGGAAAACCACCCUGGUGGAGUCUCUCAAGUGUGGGCUGCUGAGAAGUUUCUUCAGGAGACGCCGGCCCAGACUCUCCUCCACCAACUGCACCAGGUUCCCGCCCUCUCCCCUGGCAUCCAAGCCCGCAGUGUCUGUGAGCAUCAGCAACCUGUACCCGGGCUGUGAGCACGUGAGUGUGAGGAGCCGCAGCAUGAUGUUCGAGCCGGGCCUCACCCGAGGGACCCUGGAGGUGCUGGUGGCCCCACCCCAGCACCCGCACUGUGCAGCUGACGACCAGUCCACUAAGGCCAUCGACAUCCAGAACGCUUAUCUGAACGGAGUCGGUGAUUUCAGCGUGUGGGAAUUCUCUGGAAAUCCUGUAUACUUCUGCUGUUAUGACUACUUUGCCGCAAACGACCCCACAUCCAUCCACGUCAUUGUUUUCAGUCUGGAAGAACCCUACGAGAUCCAGUUGAACCAAGUGAUCUUCUGGCUGAAUUUCCUGAAGUCUCUUGUGCCAGUUGAAGAGCCCAUCGCCUUCGGCGGCAAGCUGAAGAACCCACUGCACGUCGUCCUGGUGGCCACCCACGCCGACAUCAUGAACGUGCCUCGGCCGGCUGGAGGCGAGUUCGGAUAUGACAAGGACACGUCCUUGCUCAAGGAGAUCAGGAACAGGUUUGGGAACGAUCUUCACAUUUCAAACAAGCUGUUCGUUCUGGAUGCCGGCGCUUCGGGCUCUAAGGACAUGAAGGUCCUUCGAAGUCACCUGCAAGACAUCCGGAGCCAGAUUGUGUCGGUAUGCCCUCCGAUGACCCACCUGUGUGAGAAAAUCAUGUCCACGCUGCCUUCCUGGAGGAAGCUCAACGGGCCCAACCAGCUCAUGUCGCUGCAGCAGUUCGUGUACGAUGUGCAAGACCAGCUGAACCCACUGGCCAGAGAGGGAGACCUCAGGCGCAUAGCCCAGCAGCUGCACAGUGCUGGCGAGAUCAACAUCAUGCAGAGUGAAACGGUCCAGGACGUGUUACUCCUGGACCCCCGCUGGCUCUGCACCAAUGUCCUGGGGAAGCUGCUCUCCGUGGAGACCCCACGGGCCCUGCACCACUACCGGGGCCGCUACACCGUGGAGGACGUCCAGCGCCUGGUGCCCGACAGUGACGUGGAGGAGCUGCUGCAGAUCCUCGAUGCCAUGGACAUCUGCGCCCGGGACAUGAGCAGCGGGACCAUGGUGGACAUCCCUGCCCUGAUCAAGACAGACAACCUCCACCGCUCCUGGACGGACGAGGAGGACGAGGGGAGGGUCUACGGCGGCGUGCGCAUUGUCCCCGUGGAGUACCUCACCCCCUUCCCGUGCGGCAUCUUUCACAAGGUCCAGGUGAACCUCUGCCGGUGGAUCCACCAGCAGAGCUCCGAGGGCGACGCAGACAUCCGCCUGUGGGUGAACGGCUGCAAGAUUGCCAACCGUGGGGCCGAGCUGCUGGUGCUUCUCGUCAACCACGGCCAGGGCAUUGAGGUACAGGUGCGAGGGCUGGAGACGGACAAGAUCAAGUGCUGCCUCCUGCUGGACUCCGUGUGCAGCACCAUGGAGAACGUCAUGGCCACCACGCUCCCGGGGCUGCUGACGGUGAAGCAUUACCUGAGCCCCCAGCAGCUGCGGGAGCACCAUGAGCCCGUCAUGAUCUACCAGCCGCGGGACUUCUUCCGGGCGCAGACCCUGAAGGAGACCUCACUGACGAACACCAUGGGUGGGUACAAAGAGAGCUUCAGCAGCAUCAUGUGCUUUGGGUGUCACGAUGUGUACUCGCAGGCCAGCCUAGGGAUGGACAUCCAUGCCUCAGAUCUGAACCUCCUGACCCGGAGGAAACUAUGUCGUCUCCUGGACCCCCCUGAUCCCAUGGGAAAGGACUGGUGCCUUCUCGCCAUGAACUUGGGUCUCCCGGACCUUGUGGCGAAGUACAACACCAAUAACGGGGCUCCCAAGGAGUUCCUCCCAAGCCCGGUCCACGCCCUGCUCCGGGAAUGGGCCUCCUACCCCGAAAGCACGGUGGGCAUCCUCAUGUCCAAACUGCGGGAGCUGGGGCGUCGGGACGCGGCGGACUUUCUACUGAAGGCGUCCUCCGUGUUCAAGAUCAACCUCGACGGCAAUGGCCAGGAGGCCUAUGACUCAAGCUGCAACAGCGGCACAUCCUAUAAUUCCAUUAGCUCCGUCGUGUCCCGGUGAGGGCAGCCUUUGGCUUGGGCAGGGUCUCUUUGGACUGCAGACCAGGGGGACGUGGCCCCUCUUUCCCAUCGGAAAUUCAGGGUGCAUCCUCCCUGUGCCCACAUAGUGAAGGACGCCACCCUCCCUCCUGCUUUACCAAUUUCUCUGUCACUACCUCCCUCCCACUCACACCCUCCACUGUAUGUGAAUGGUCUUUCUAGUUUCAGAGCAGACCAUACAUAACCCUGUCCUUUGGCCAUUUGAGAAACUAGUGUCCCUCCGCUCUGCGUUCUGGAUCCACUCUUAUCUCCAGCACCUUGCUUCUUGCUGAUAAUUUUACUGGAAUUCCUAACUUUCAAUGAAAUUUUUUAAACUACUGUACGGAUUGUCCUUUAAAGAAAAAAAAAAGCACACAUUUAUCCAAAUGUGUAUUUGUUACCCUCUUUGCCUUGUUAGACCAUGUCCUCAGCUUCUCUCUUUGAUAUUUGUAGGAAAGACUCCUAUGUGUGGAAUCCCGCUGUAUGACUGAUAAACAGACAACAUGUGAGUGCCUUUGCAGAAGAGGGUGUGUUUGAGACCAUCCAGGUCAGCCAGGAGCUGUCGCGAAGGAGACGCUCCCUCUCUGUCCCUUGCUGUCUGCUGAUCAUCGCCAGAGGUGCUUCACCCUGAGUUUUUUUUUCCCCCCAGUAAUUUUUGUGUUUCACUUGGCAAGGAAAGGGGAGGGAGGAAUCCUCCUCUAGAGUCAUUUUACAGCCAGUGUUGUUUUCACGGAAAGACAUGUCUUUGUUGUUCUUGUUUAAACGUCAAUGUGCGCGUCCACGCGGCACCUGCACACUGUCCGCUUGCCUCAUUCCCGCGCAUCUCAGGUAGAAGAUGACACAGCUGUAGGUGAGGAAGGCCUGUGGGAGAACUCAGAACACCCCUGACCCGUGACGUGUGACAGCCCGUUGUCACAGGUGCACAGUAGAUGAUUUUCACAUUUAGAUCCUGGUUCCAUAACUUCAUGUACUUGAAGUCUAACAAGAUGAAGGGAGCCAGUCUCCUUGCAGUGAUUUUAAAUUGUGAUAGAGUAUUAAGUUGAUAUGAGGGAACGUGUCCUAAUUCUUCUGUCUUGGGAAGCAUGUAAUUUUAAUGUUACAUUACAUGUGUGUAUAUGUGUGUAUAUGUGUAUAUAUAUAUGGAGUAUGUAUAUACAUAUAUAUGAAUACAGGUAUUUUUACUUAAUCUAUACAAUGUAGUAAAAAGAUGUUGGGUUUUCUUUUCUGUUCUCUUUUUUUCUUUUCCCUUUUUUUAAUAUAAAUAAACUAUUGCUUGUUGCAUU